AGAGAGAGAGGAGUCUGAUCCGCCUGCUCGCUCCUCAGGCUCCCGUUAAAGGGACACUUGGUGUUUUUCAGGAUGUGUGACGACGAGUCAGCAGAAAAAGCUCUGGUGUCGGUGGACUUUGAAAUCUUUGGUCACGUUCAGGGAGUUUGUUUCAGAAUGUACACAGAGAAGGAGGGUCUGCGGCUCGGCCUGGUCGGCUGGGUGAAGAACACCUACAGCGGGACGGUGGUGGGACAGGUCCAGGGUCCUGCUCCGAUGGUGGACGAGAUGAAGGUGUGGCUCAGUAAAGAAGGGAGUCCGAGCUGUCGGAUCAGCAGAGCCUCGUUCACCAACCAGAGAGCCAUCGAGAAGCUGGAGCUCUCUGGGUUCAGGACCCGCUUCUGACCAGCUGCUCCGCACCGACUGCUGGGUUCUGCUGUGGUUUAGCUUGUGUAGCCUGUGAAAGCAGCGUCACUGUGGAAGUCAGAGCAUCUAGUGGCUGAUUAGACAGAAAGGAGUCAGUUCACACAGGAGGCAAAACCAAGGGAAACACACCAGUCACACAUCAUGAGCUUCACUGCUUCUCUGUAUGAACCUGGACCGUUUGGAGAGUUUGGUUCAGAAAGUGUUUUAGCUAAUGAAAAAUGAAAAUGUUCAUUAAAAACUGAAAACCUGUG